AUGAGUUCCCUACGGUUCCUCGACCUGGUCAAGCCGUUCGUGCCGUUCCUCCCUGAGGUUCAGCAGCCGGAGACCAAGGUUCCCUUCAACCAGAAGCUGAUGUGGACGGCCCUCACCCUCCUUAUCUUCUUGGUCAUGAGCCAGAUGCCCCUUUACGGCAUUGUCUCUUCCGACAACUCGGAUCCCCUAUACUGGCUGCGUAUGGUUAUGGCGAGUAACCGCGGAACCCUGAUGGAGCUGGGUAUCACCCCCAUCAUCUCCUCCGGCAUGGUCUUCCAGCUCCUCGCUGGUACCCACAUGAUCGACGUCAACCUCGACCUCAAGAGCGACCGCGAGCUGUACCAGACUGCCCAGAAGCUCUUUGCCUUCAUUCUCUCCGCCGGUACCGCCACUGUCUACGUCUUCACCGGUCUCUACGGCCGACCUUCCGACCUUGGCGCCGGUAUCGUCUUCCUCCUCGUCCUCCAGCUCUUCGUUGCCGGCAUGAUCGUCAUUCUCCUCGACGAGCUCCUCCAGAAGGGAUACGGCCUCGGCUCUGGUAUCUCUCUCUUCAUCGCCACCAACAUCUGCGAGUCCAUCAUGUGGAAGGCCUUCUCCCCCACCACCAUUAACACUGGUCGUGGCCCCGAGUUCGAGGGUGCCGUUAUCGCCCUUUUCCACCUUCUCCUCACCUGGCCCAACAAGCAGCGCGCUCUCCAGGAGGCCUUCUACCGCCAGAACCUCCCCAACAUCAUGAACCUUCUGGCCACCAUCCUCGUCUUCGCCGCUGUCAUCUACCUCCAGGGCUUCCGCGUCGAGAUCCCCGUCAAGUCCUCCCGCCAGCGUGGUGCCCGCGGUUCUUACCCCGUCCGCCUCUUCUACACCUCCAACAUGCCCAUCAUGCUGCAGUCCGCUCUGUCCUCCAACAUCUUCCUCAUCAGCCAGAUGCUGUACUCCCGCUUCUCUGACAACCUCCUCGUCCGUCUUUUCGGUGUCUGGGAGGCCAAGGACGGCUCUGCCCAGCUCUCUGCCAUCUCCGGUCUGGCUUACUACAUGUCUCCCCCCUUGAACUUCAAGGACGCCCUCCUCGACCCUAUCCACACCGCUGUCUACAUCGUCUACAUGCUGGGUGCCUGCGCCAUCUUCUCCAAGACCUGGAUUGAGGUUUCCGGCUCCAGCCCCCGCGAUGUCGCCAAGCAGCUCAAGGACCAGGGUCUUGUCAUGGCCGGUCACCGCGACCAGAGCAUGUACAAGGAGCUCAAGCGCAUCAUUCCCACUGCCGCUGCCUUUGGCGGUGCUUGCAUCGGUGCUCUCUCCGUUGCCAGCGACCUCAUGGGCGCCCUCGGCUCCGGCACUGGUACUCUCCUGGCUGUCACCAUCAUCUACGGCUACUUCGAGAUUGCUGCCAAGGAGGGUGACCUGUCUGGCAUGAAGGGCAUGAUUAUGGGAUAA